AGGCUCGAGUGCGUCUCAAACGCAAUACAGACACAACUACGCAUAAAUCCACAGCUAUUAAACGGAGAAUAGAAAUGGCAAAUCAACAGAACAGCGGCGUAACGAGACGGUACCGAACCACAUGAAAGACGAUCAUCAACAACACACAAACAACGACGACCAUCGUACCAUUUAAACCCUAAUUACUCAAUUUCUCUCCACUCUCUCUCUCUCUCUCUCUCUCUCUCUGUAUAGCUUUCGCAUUUCAUUGCCAGACCUCAAAUUGAGCUCCGAGACCUGAAUGAUUCCUCUGAAUUGUUAUCCUCUCUAGAUUUGGGCAUUGGACAACAAUGGAGCCAUUGAUGGAGCUCUGCGACUUGAUUGCGCAGAACCCAAACCAAUUCGCCGAGAAACUCACGUGGAUGUGCGGCAGAUGCCCUCAGCCUGAGGCUCUCCAAUCCGGAUCUCCUAGGGUUUCUCGUGCUCAGCUCAAUGCCGUCGUCGCAAUCGCUAGAUUUCUCUCUAAAUGCCCUAAUCACAGCCAUCACCGCUCCCAAUCACUGGUUAUCGAGUUUCUCCGCACUAUUCCGGCUUCCUUCUCCCAAUCUUUCUGGCCACAGUCCUUCGGAAUCGAUUCUAUUGCUUCUUUUUAUGCCGAUUUCUUGGCUUAUGUCUCCAAGGCCACAGAUUUGUCUUCAGAUUUCGCCGCCGAUGUUGCUUGUUUCAUGGAAGAUAUUGUGAUCUCUGCUGUUGCCAAUGUCAAUGGAGAAUUGGGGAUUUCUCGGGCUUUCUUGGGAGCUCUCUCACAGAGUUUCCUCCCCAUUCUUGCUUCUGACGCUGAUAAAUUGGUUUCGUGUCUUCUUGAUCACUUUGUGAGUUACGUCCCUAAUUCUCCGGCAACCCCGGAGCCAUCGUCUUCUCAGAGUUCACCUAUGACUGCAAACUAUUAUCAAACGAACGAGAAUUCUAGUCCACGACUCGACGUGAGCAAUGCCUAUGGUUCAUCCAGCAGUUCUGCGUCAAGAGGAUCGGUGAUGAAUGGUGGUAGCAUAGGCUGGAAGAGCAAUGUAGAUCAGUUGGUUGCAAGUAUUGGGAGCGUUGGGUUCAAUGACGGAGGAGGAGGAGGAGGAGGAGGCAGUGCCACGGCCUAUAGGCGAUUGGUUGUCACCUUUGAGGAGGAGCCUGUGGAGAGCCUUGAGAAACAAGAAAUUGCGUUCAAAUUGAUUACUCACAUCCUAGAUAAAGCACACAUUGAUCCCAAGCUAUUGGAGCAGGUGAGGAUUAUUGCGAAGGAGCAGCUCCAGUCAAUGUCUUCUUUUCUAAAGAUAAGGAAGCGGGACUGGACCGAACAGGGACCUCUAUUGAAAACUAGAAUCAAUACAAAACUUUCUGUUUUCCAAGCUGUAGCUAGGUUAAAAAUUAAAAGCCUUGCAUCCAUCGAUUCUGAUGGAAAGUUGUCAAAGAAGUUGUUGCUUGGUACUCUUGCACUGUUGGUAGAUGCUGCUGAAGCUUGUUUAUUUUCAGUAUGGCGAAAAUUGAGAAUAUGUGAAGAGCUAUUCAGUUCUUUGCUUGCUGGGAUUGCCCAAAUCGCUGUCACUCGUGGAGGCCAGCUGCUACGGGUUUUGCUCAUUCGCCUUAAACCCCUUGUGCUAGCCACAUGUGCCCAGGCUGACACUUGGGGCAACAGCCAGGGAGCCAUGUUCGAGAGUGUAUCGAAAACAAGCUGUGAGAUAAUUGAAUUUGGUUGGAGCAAGGACCGGUCUCCUGUGGACACUUUUAUCAUGGGAUUAGCUACAAGUAUUCGUGAACGAAAUGAUUACGACGAAGAGGAUGGGAAAGAGAAGCAGCCAGUUCCUGCUGUGCAGCUUAAUGUUAUACGCUUGCUAGCUGAUCUGAAUGUUUCUGUUAAGAAGCCUGAAGUGGUAGACAUGAUAUUGCCACUAUUCAUCGAAAGUUUAGAAGAGGGUGAUGCUUCAACUCCCGGCUUGUUGCGACUACGACUUCUUGAUGCUGUUUCUCGCAUGGCGAGCUUAGGUUUUGAAAAGUCUUAUCGUGAAACCUUUGUUCUGAUGACAAGAAGCUAUAUGAGCAAACUCUCUGCUGUUGGCUUAGCUGAAAGUAAAACCCUGGCACCAGAAGCAAAUGCAGAACGCGUUGAGACUCUUCCUGCAGGAUUUCUUUUAAUUGCUAGUGCUCUUUCCAAUACUAAAUUACGUUCAGACUAUCGUUAUCGUCUGUUAUCUUUUUGCUCAGAUGUAGGCUUGGCCGCAGAGUCCAAAAGUGGAAGGAGUGGAGCGGAUUUUCUUGGACCUCUACUACCUGCUGUUGCUGAAAUAUGUUCAGAUUUUGUUCCUAGUGUAGAUGUGGAACCUUCACUUUUAAAGUUGUUUCGUAACCUGUGGUUCUAUGUUGCACUUUUUGGGUUAGCUCCUCCUAUACAGAAAACUCAGGUACCAACAAAGUCCGUUUCCAGUACGCUGAAUAGUGUUGGGAGUAUGGGUGCAAUGGCCCUUCAAGCCGUGGCUGGACCAUACAUGUGGAAUACUCAGUGGUCUUCUGCUGUCCAGCGCAUUUCUCAGGGGACCCCACCCCUUGUUGUUAGCUCUGUGAAAUGGCUUGAAGAUGAGUUAGAACUUAAUGCUCUUCAUAAUCCUAGUAGUCGAGGGAGUGGCAAUGAGAAAACUGCUGUAAGCCAAAGAACUGCACUUUCUGCUGCCUUAGGAGGGCGAGUUGAGGUUGCCGCAAUGAGCAGCAUUUCAGGUGUAAAGGCAACUUAUCUCCUUGCGGUAGCUUUUCUAGAGAUAAUACGAUUUAGCAGCAAUGGUGGUAUUCUUAAUGGUGAUCCUAGUUUAACUGCUUCUAGAAGUGCCUUCAGCUGUGUGUUUGAAUACCUCAAAACUCCAAAUCUCAUGCCAGUUGUCUUUCAGUGCUUGACAGCAAUUGUCCACCAAGCUUUUGAAACAGCAGUAUUGUGGCUGGAAGAUCGGACAUCUGAGACAGGCGAUGGAGCUGAGAUUAGAGACUUUACUCUUUCUGCACAUACUUGUUUUCUCAUAAAAAGCAUGUCUCAGAGGGAGGAGCAUAUUAGGGAUAUAUCUGUCAACUUGUUGACUCGACUUAGAGACAGGUUUCCACAGACCCUGUGGAACUCUUCCUGUCUGGAUUCCCUACUAUUUUCAGUGCAUAAUGACCCACCUUCAGCCGUUGUCCUGGAUCCUGCAUGGGUAGCUACUGUUCGCUCUUUGUACCAAAGAAUUGUUCGAGAAUGGAUCAUUAUUUCACUUUCUUAUGCUCCAUGCACUAGCCAAGGUCUACUUCAGGAAAAGCUUUGUAAAGCAAACACAUGGCAAAAAGCACAGCCUGCCACUGACGUCGUUUCUCUUUUAUCUGAGAUACGGAUUGGUACUGGUAAAAAUGAUUGUUGGAGUGGCACAAAAACCGCAAAUAUUCCUGCAGUAAUGGCUGCUGCUGCUGCUGCAUCAGGAGCAAACUUUAAAUUGAUGGAGGCCUUUAAUUUGGAGGUGCUCAGUACAGGUGUAGUUAGUGCAACAGCUAAGUGUAACCAUGCUGGAGAAAUUGCAGGCAUGAGAAGGUUAUACGAUAGCAUUGGUGGAAUUCAAGGAGACACAUCACAAGGCUUUGGGCUUGGUCUUAGCCUUCAAAAGUUGAAGUCCGGAGUGUUUACUCAGCAACCACAACAGCAAAAUGAUUCUUUUAAUGAGAUUAUGCUGACCAAGUUUGUGCGUCUACUUCAACAGUUUGUUAACAUUGCAGAGAAAGGUGGGGAAGUGGAUAAGUCAUCAUUUCGCGAAACUUGUUCCCAGGCUGCUGCUUUGCUUCUUUCAAACCUAGCUUCUGAUUCAAAAUCAAAUAUGGAGAGCUUCUCGCAACUUUUACGUCUUCUUUGCUGGUGUCCGGCUUACAUUUCCACACCUGAUGCGAUGGAGACUGGUAUAUUCAUUUGGACAUGGUUAGUUUCUGCUGCUCCACAAUUGGGAUCUCUUGUUCUUGCUGAGCUUGUUGAUGCUUGGUUGUGGACAAUUGAUACCAAACGAGGUCUCUUUGCAUUAGAAGUGAGGUAUUCUGGACCUGCUGCAAAAUUGAGGCCUCAUCUUGCUCCUGGAGAGCCAGAAAUGCCACCAGAAAAGGACCCCGUUGAACAAAUACUUGCUCAUAGACUAUGGCUUGGAUUUUUUAUUGAUCGUUUUGAGGUAAUUCGACAUGAUAGUGUUGAGCAACUCUUGCUUCUUGGUCGGAUGUUACAAGGGACUACAAAACUCCCCUGGAACUUUUCACGCCACCCGGCCGCUACAGGAACUUUUUUCACCUUCAUGCUGCUUGGUCUCAAGUUUUGCUCAUGCCAGUCCCAGGGCAAUCUGCAAAAUUUCAGAACAGGGCUUCAGCUACUGGAAGACCGGAUAUAUCGGGCCUCUUUGGGCUGGUUUGCUCAUGAGCCUGAAUGGUUUGAUCUUAACAACAUAAAUUUUGCCCAGAGUGAGGCUCAAUCUGUGUCUGUAUUUGUUCAUCAUAUUUUGAAUGACCGUGUGGAUGCUCCUCAAGUUGAUUUAAAGGGGAAGGGAUGCGAAAAUGGAAGCUCUUUGAUUGAUUUGAAGGAUCAAUAUCACCCUGUUUGGGGUCAUAUGGAGAACUACGAUGUUGGAAGAGAAAAGCGGAAGCAAUUACUUCUGAUGCUUUGCCAGCUUGAGGUUGAUAGGCUUGAAGUUUGGGCACAACCUGUUAACCCAAAGGAAACUGCGCCUUCUCGGCCUAAAAUUACCUCAGAUAAAUGGGUUGAAUAUGUCCGAACUGCAUUUUCAGUUGAUCCUCGGAUAGCUUUAUCCUUGGCCGCAAGGUUCCCUACAAAUACUUUCUUGAAGGCCGAAAUGACUCAGCUGGUUCAGUCACAUAUAUUGGAGCUCCGCUGCAUACCUGAGGCAUUACCAUAUUUUGUUACCCCAAAGGCGGUCGAUGAAAAUUCACCACUUUUACAACAACUGCCGCACUGGGCUGCUUGUUCAAUCACACAGGCUCUUGAGUUUCUUACUCCAGCAUAUAAAGGUCAUCCACGUGUGAUGGCCUAUGUUCUCAGAGUUUUGGAGUCUUACCCUUCUGAGCGAGUAACCUUCUUCAUGCCACAGCUAGUACAGGCCCUACGAUAUGAUGAAGAGCAAUUAGUCGAAGGUUACUUGCUUAGAGCUGCUCAAAGAAGUGACAUAUUUGCUCAUAUACUGAUAUGGCAUUUACAGGGUGAGACAGAAGAAUCUGGGAAAGAUGCAGGUUUGGGGAAGAAUAGUUCGUUUCAAGAACUUUUGCCUGUUGUUAGGCAACGAAUAAUUGAUGAGUUCACUCCCAAGGCUCGUGACAUGUUUCAAAGAGAAUUUGAUUUUUUUGACAAGGUGACUUCUAUAUCUGGUGUGCUCUUUCCACUUCCGAAGGAGGAACGGCGAGCUGGCAUCCGGCGGGAGUUGGUGAAAAUUGAAAUGGAAGGAGAAGACCUUUACCUACCUACUGCUCCUGGUAAACUUGUUAGAGGUAUUCAGGUUGACAGUGGAAUACCCUUACAAUCAGCGGCAAAAGUUCCUAUUAGGAUCACAUUUAAUGUGGUGGACCGGGAUGGGGACUGGAAUGAUAUAAAGCCACAAGCUUGCAUUUUCAAGGUUGGAGAUGAUUGUCGGCAAGAUGUUCUUGCUUUACAAGUAAUUUCACUCCUUAAAGACAUAUUUGCAGCAGUUGGACUUAACCUCUAUUUGUUUCCUUAUGGGGUUCUUCCUACUGGGCCAGAGAGAGGAAUAAUUGAGGUUGUGCAAAAUUCACGGAGCAGAAGCCAGAUGGGUGAAACCACUGAUGGUGGUUUAUAUGAGAUUUUUCAACAGGACUUUGGGCCUGUUGGUUCUCCCAGCUUUGAAGCUGCUCGUGAGAACUUCAUCAUUAGCAGUGCUGGUUAUGCAGUUGCCAGUCUCCUGCUUCAACCGAAGGAUAGACACAACGGAAAUCUUUUGUUUGACAAUGUGGGUAGGCUUGUUCAUAUUGAUUUUGGUUUUAUCCUGGAAACUUCACCGGGUGGGAAUAUGCGUUUCGAAAAUGCCCACUUUAAGCUGAGUCAUGAGAUGACUCAAUUGAUCGACCCCUCUGGGGUGAUGAAAAGUGACACUUGGUACCAGUUUGUAAGCUUAUGCGUGAGGGGUUACCUUGCUGCCCGUCGCUAUAUGGAUGGUAUCAUCACCACGGUGUUGUUGAUGAUAGACAGUGGAUUGCCUUGUUUCAGCAGGGGGGACCCAAUUGGAAAUCUUCGCAAGAGAUUGCAUCCUGAAAUGAGCGAGCGUGAAGCAGCCAACUACAUGAUCCGCAAGUGCACUGACGCCUACAACAAGUGGACCACUGCCGGGUAUGACUUGAUACAAUAUUUGCAGCAGGGCAUUGAGAAGUGAAUGAACCUUUUCAAAUGUCGUCUUCAAGUGUAUAUGUUGUUUGCUUGUAAUUCUAGUUAUUAUUAUUUUAUACACCCUAGCUUUGCAAUUUUUCUCGAGGGAUUACCACUGUGAUAGCGCUUUGAGACACUGGUAAAAUCGGCAAACAUGGAAAUGAGUUGUUUUUAACUGUUUAGUGGAAUUCCUCUGUGAAGUUUGUAAAAAUAGAAUUUGUAGCUCCCACUUAUCAUCAAUAAAAUUCACGUGUGUGACUUAUUUUCUUCA